GCUUCGCCCCGCGCUGUCAGCCACAGUUAUACGUGUUGCUUUAAGUCCCAGUGGACGGAGUUUACUCUGACAAACACCAACCGAAAACUGGAGAGGACCAGCAGCACCGAAAAGGGGGACGGGGGGAGAGUUUUCCUAAGGAGAGAGCCGAUCGGACGCUGUGGAUAAAAUAACAUUGGCAAAGGUUUCCAGUGUCAAGCUCGACUCGAUGUCCCGGAGACGGAGAGGAAUUUACCUCAGAGGCACAAAAACAAAGCAUUAGUCCUCUUCUGUAAAUGGACACAGCGAAGAUCUCGUAAAAAAGGAACACAUUUUAAAACCAUCCAGUGUCCUCCCCUCUGGAUAUUCUCUGACUCUAUAAAAGCGCGCCGCAGAGAGCCAUAAGAAGAUGGAUGUGACGGCCGAUCAGCCCCGCUGGAUGCACCACCACGCCGUGCUGAACGGGCAACACCCGGACUCUCACCACCACGGCCUGGGCCACAACUACAUGGAGCCCACGGCGCAGCUCCUGCCUCCAGAUGAGGUGGAUGUUUUCUUUAAUCACCUGGACUCGCAGGGGAACCCGUACUACCACAACUCCGCCCGGGCCAGAGUGUCCUACAGCCAAGCGCACGCUCGUCUGACGGGGUCUCAGGUCUGCCGGCCUCAUCUCAUCCACAGCCCGGGGAUUUCAUGGCUGGAAAGUGGGAAAGCAGCUCUCUCAGCUCACCACCACAACGCCUGGGCCGUGAGUCCCUUCAGCAAGCCCAGCCUGCACCACCCGGGCUCCGCGUCCCCGGGCGGCCUAUCCGCUGUCUACCCGUGCAGCAGCAACUCGAACACGGUCUCCGCGUCGUCGUUAACGCCGCCGACCCACUCCAGCCCGCAUCUGUACACCUUCCCCCCGACGCCGCCGAAGGACGUAUCGCCGGACCCGGGGGCCGUGUCUCCCUCGUCCUCGUCCGCCACCAGAAUGGACGAGAAGGAAUCUAUCAAAUACCAAAUGUCAUUAACGGAGGGGAUGAAGAUGGAGGGAACCAGCCCGCUGAGGAGCAGCCUGGCCUCCAUGAGCGCUCAGACCCCCUCCACCCACCAUCCCAUACCGACGUAUCCCACCUACUCUCUCCCAGCGGCACACGAAUACGGCAGCAGUCUGUUUCACCCGGGCAGCCUGCUGGGAGCAUCGUCCAACUUCAACCCCAAGAACAAAGGCAAGACACGGUCCUGCACUGAGGGCCGCGAGUGUGUAAACUGUGGAGCCACCUCUACGCCUCUGUGGAGACGUGACAGCACCGGACACUACCUGUGCAAUGCCUGCGGACUGUACCACAAGAUGAACGGCCAGAACAGACCACUCAUCAAACCCAAACGCAGGCUGACGACCACCACCACGCUCUGGCGGCGCAAUGCAAAUGGAGACCCGGUGUGCAACGCCUGCGGCCUCUACUAUAAACUGCAUAACGUGAACCGGCCUUUGACCAUGAAAAAGGAGGGAAUACAGACACGCAACCGUAAAAUGUCCAACAAGUCCAAAAAGAGCAAGCGGGUCAGCGACAGCUACGAGGAGUUUUCCAAAAGCCUGCAUGACAAGAACUCUCCCUUCAGCGCCGCCUCCCUGGCCGGACACAUGUCCAUGGGCCACUUGCCACCUUUCAGCCACGCCGGACACAUGCUCCCUACACCCACCCCAAUACACCCGUCGUUUGGCCACCCGCACCACUCCAACAUGGUGACGGCCAUGGGUUGAGCGGGUGAUGAGAGGGGUUAGCAUAGAGCUACUUCAAGAACCUGAGACAGUUUCAUGAAGGGGGAUCAGGGGUCUCACUAGAGGACAGUGUGUACAAUGUUACAGACAUGCAGUUUGUAUGUCUUCACCUUGAUUGUCUCUUGAUUGAUUAUGCCAGUGGUAUGUCAGAGAAAAGGUGUAUCGUUGGAGGAAAGGACGUUUUUACUCCUUAUCUAUAGGUACCUAUUUUGAUGGGGGAGGAUUCUGCUUCCUGUCAUCCAGGCACACACAUGUAAACACAAAAAUGUCAUUGCACCUCAUAGUUUUGCUCCAACAGUCCCCACUGACGCCCUGACUGUCUGCAGUGUGGUUCAGUGUGUGCCGAACAGGUUUAUAUAACUGUGAAUAUUGUAAAUGUGUUAGACUGAGGGGGACGUCCCAUGCAGAGAGCAAAUCCCCUUCACAACAUUAAAUGAAAAUAUGCUGGAUUUUUUGCUCAUGGACAAUUUUAAAAGGAAUUUUCACAAAAGAAACAAGCAAACAAAAAAGUUUAUGAAUCCUAAUUUGACACUGUUUAUUCUAAUUAUUGUUAUUAUAAUUAUUAUUGUUAUUAUUGUUAUUCAGAUAAUUUAUUUUCACUGCCUUUUUUUCUUUGACUAUAUCACCUGAAUCAUAAUAUGGAUACUGUUAUCCCAGUUAUGAAUAUAUUUUUAGCUGAAGCGCUUUCUCUGAGCUGGUCAACAUUUAUACUCGUAAGAAAUAAAGAGAUCAAGUUCAUUA